CCUAAAAAAUUUUAUUUCUGACUUGGAGUCUCUCACUGGUUUUGCUUUCAAAUCAGCACAAUUUUGGAGGGGAUUUUGACUGAAUCUUGGUGUUUGGGAGGUUAUUACAGACACAAGAUGCUCAAUGACUGCCAGAGAUGAACUUGGGCAAGGAGGAACACCCAGUUUAUGGAGCUCUCUUGUUUUUUCCCCAGACCAGGAUUUUUCAUUCCCACGGCGUGAGGAGAUGGAGGAGGCAGAAAAGCCCCGGAGAUCUUUAAGGAGGAGGGGCUGCAAACCCAUCCCAGAGAGCUGCGAGGAGGAAAGACCCUCCCAGAGCCGGGAAGGCGGCCGGAGAUCCAGACAGAGCUCAGAGCUGGUGGAGAAGCCUCCUGGAGGGGAGAAGCCCCACAAGUGCUUGAAAUGUGGGAAGGGUUUCAGGUGGAGAUCAGACCUGAUCCGACACCAGGUGAUCCACACUGGGGAACGGCCCUAUGAGUGUGGGGAAUGUGGGAAGGGAUUCAGAGACAGCUUCGAGCUCAUCCGGCACCAGCUGAUCCACACUGGGGAAAAGCCCUAUGAGUGCGGAGAAUGUGGGAAGAGCUUCAGCAACAGCUCCAACCUGAUCCGGCACAAGAUGAUCCACACUGGGGAAAAGCCCUACGAGUGUGGGGAUUGUGGGAAGAGCUUCAGCAACAGCUCCGGCCUGAUCUGGCACCAGAGGAUCCACACUGGGGAAAAGCCCUAUGAGUGUGGGAAAUGUGGGAAGGGUUUCAGCAACAGUUCCUACCUGUUGCAGCACCAGUUGAGCCAUACAGGGGACAGGCCCUACACAUGCUUGGAAUGUAGAAAGAGCUUUGUGUGGAUGUCCAACUUAACAAAACACCAGCGCAUCCACACCGGGGAGAGGCCCUACAAGUGUCCUGAGUGUGGGAAGAGGUUUCAGACCAGCUCCAGUCUCCUCGUACAUGAGCGGAUUCACACAGAGGAGAGGCCCUUCCGCUGCCCCGAAUGCGGGAAGGGAUUCACUCUCAACUCCACCCUCACUGUCCACCGGCGCAUCCACACUGGUGAGAGGCCCUACAAGUGUCCUGAGUGUGGGAAGAGCUUCUCAAAGAGCUCAACCUUGAACCGACACCAGCGGAGGCUCCACUAAGGGAAGC